ACCCUCAGCGCUGCCGGCCGCCAUUUCCUCGCCGCCCACUGUUGCGGGGCGGUGCUUCGUGCCGUUUCCGCUUCCUCUGCCCUUGCUGCCGGCAGGAGGUGAAGGGACCAAGAGCCGAGAUGUGGCGGAAUCUGCUGAGUCUUCGUCAAGUUUCCCAGAGGACCAUAAGCACUGCUACGCGCAGGCCGCUGGAGAAUAGAGUUCCUGAGAAACAAAAGCUCUUCCAGGAGGAUAAUGGCCUCCCUGUGUAUCUUAAAGGUGGAAUCCUGGAUAGUCUGUUGUACAGAGUCACCAUGGGUUUAUCAGUUUUUGGAACAAUCUAUGUUGUUUAUGAACUGAUGAAGGCUUCAAUGCCCAAGAAGCAGAAAUGAUUCCAGGAUGCCCUAGUAACUAGCAUCUCUUCGUCCAAUUCCAUGUGACCAUGGUGGCAGCUUAUAGUUACUAUAAGCAUCUGGUUUAAUGCUUGAAAUCCUAAUUUAACCAUAACAUGUUAACUGCAAUCAAUAAAGCAGUUCUGAUAUUGCUC